UGAAUAAAAUUCAGCUGUGGAUCAGUGUUUUAUUCACAACGAACCAACUGACAGACAGAAGACCACUGUGAGGUCUGCAUCUCUUCUCGGUCUGCUUGUACAAAGAUAUAUGCACUUGAGACAAACUGUUAACUAAACAUGCAACAGAAUACACAGGAGGAAGGAACAGAGUGAGCAAACAAGAUAAUGUAAUGAGCAACUUGAUCCAGUUAUACAUGAACAGUUUGUGUGCAGUUCAGGAUGGACAUAAAUCAGUGUUGUGUGAAGCUGUCGGUCCAGCCGGCCAGAGGACUCAUGGAUGAGAAGUUCACCGUCUUGAUCCAGAACGCCCCGUCUGGUUUCCAGCUGACAGUCCACGCCCUCCAUCAUUGUGAAGAUGGACACACCUGGGAGGCGUUCGCUCACUACACUACCAACGCCACCGGGACUGUGAACGUUUCAGAGGACCCCAGUCUGGGUGGGACAUAUUCUGGGGUUGAACCGAUGGGUCUACUGUGGAGCCUUGGACCAGUUCCAGGCAGCAAACCUGGGCUCAGGCUGAGGAAGGUUAAUGUCCUGACUCCCAUGGAGGUCACGAUCUCGGUGUACCAGGGUCACCAGACUGAGGGCUUUCUGGAUCAGGUGCCGCUGGCCAGUGUGGUGGUGGAGCGCUGGUACAUGGCUCCCGGUGUCCGCAGGAUCCCAAUCACAGAGGGCGGACUCACUGCAACUCUCUUCUUGCCCUCAGGGCCUGGACCUUUCCCCGGCCUCCUGGACCUGUGGGGGGGUAGAGGGAUGUUGAUGGAAUACCGCGCUGCACUGCUGGCCUUCCAUGGCUUUGCCUCCCUGGCCCUUGACUACCUGAAUCCUAAAAUCACCCAGGAAACAGGGAAGAUGGUGGGCAAAGAUUACUUUGAGACGGCCUAUAGAGUCCUGGAGCAGCAUCCUCAGGUCCUUGGCAGCAGAAUCGCCAUGUUGGGUCUCUCCCUUGGUGCCAGUAUCACCCUCAAAAUGGCUGUUUGCUCCCUAGUUGUAAAGCUCAGGUGUGCGGUGUGUAUUAGCGGGACUCAUGUGCAGCCGGCGGAUGGAUCUGUGGCAGACAUGAUAGCCUACUAUAAAAAACACUCUGCAAGUGUUCGCUUCAACGAGGAGAACGAGGCGAUCUGCCGUGAUAUUCUGCUGCCCAUCCCCACCGAUCCGGCAUUCAAAGUGGAUAUGGGACGACUCCAGUGUCCUCUGUUACUGGUUAUAGGUGAGGACGAUCAGAACUGGCCUGUCUACAAGUCUGCAAUGGACAUUAAGGAGAUGAUGGAACAGGCAGGGAACAGCCACCUGCUGACCAUCCUGUCGUACCCGAACACUGGUCACCUGAUCGAACCUCCGUACAUGCCGCACACCCGAUCCAGCGUGUUCAAAUCGUCUAGCACAAUGGAGAGAACAAUAGUUCUCUGGGGUGGAGAGAUGGGUCCUCAUUCUCGAGCUCAGCAAGACGCCUGGAGGAAGAUACUGGCCUUCCUGGGAAAGAAUCUGUAUGGCGGCGGAAACCCUGUUGCAACCUUAUCAUCACACCUGUAACAGAGUUACAGGUGUGAUGAUAAGUCUCAUACUAUACCAUAACUGUCAGUACAUUUGUAAAAUUCAAAACGAUGGAAUGAUUUAAGACCCUUCUGAGCCAAUCAGUCAUUAGAUUUAACACUGCUGCAAAUAACAUCACAAUCAUGCUGAUUGACAUUAACAUUCAUAAUGUAGGAGUUAGUACGCAGGCACCAGCACGCAUGCUGCCUGUUGCCGUAGUCCUGUGUGCACUGACGUAAAGGCGAGCUGCUGUAACAAAGAGUUUCCCCUCGGGGAUCAAUAAAGUAUUUCUGAUUCUGAUUCUGUCACAGAUUCUGACCUUCAAAGGACCAGACUGGUGGUUCUGUUUUAGUCAAUAAUAAUCACAUAUAUUGUACUUCAUAUCCCUGCUGAUCAUUUUCUAAAUAAUCUCUGUUUUUGAUUUCCUUCCUUCAGGCAGCCUUUGGUUUCUCUCUAUUCCUUUUGCAACUUGCUGCAGAGAUAGUCAAGUGAUUUUUAAUGUACGUAACGGCUGCAGUGCAGUGUUAUGUGUUUUUUAUUCAUCAAAUAAACUCAUUUGUUCAAUGAC